AUGAGCGGCGGCGGCGUCCUCCUCCUGCGGGCGUUCGGGGUGGGCUCCCGCCGGGCCCUGGGCGCUCUCCCCCAGCGGCGGCUGGCGGCGGGCAUCCUCCGGCGGCUCCUGCGCACCGGCCCGCGGUGCUCGUCCUACGCCAAGGACCUGUUCCUGGGCAAGAUCCAGAAGAAAGAUGUUUUUCCAUAUCCAGAAGUCACCCUAGAUGAAUUAAAUGAUAUGAAGCAGUUUGUGAUACCAGUAGAAAAAUUCUUCAAUGAAGAAGUGGACUCUCAAAAAAUUGAUCAUGAUGGUGUAAUUCCUCAAGAAACUUUAGAUAGAUUAAAGCAGCUGGGGCUCUUUGGCAUGCUGAUUCCAGAAGAAUAUGGUGGCCUUGGCUUAUCACAUGUAAUGUAUGCACGUUUAGGAGAAAUCUGUUCUCAGGAUGGAGCAAUUGCAGUCACUUUGGCUGCACAUCAAGCAAUAGGACUAAAGAGCAUUCUUUUGGCUGGCACUGAGGAACAGAAAGCAAAAUAUUUGCCAAAAUUGGCAACUGGGGAAUAUAUUGCAGCUUUCUGUCUCACAGAGGCAACAAGUGGGAGUGAUGCUGCGUCCAUUCAAACGAGAGCAACUCUGAGCGAAGAUAAAAAGUACUACACCUUAAAUGGCUCCAAGAUCUGGAUCACAAAUGGUAGUUUGGCCAGCAUAUUCACAGUGUUUGCCAAGACAGAGAUCAUUGACUCAGACGGCUUUAAAAAGGACAAAAUCACAGCAUUUAUUGUUGAAAGAAAUUUUGGCGGCAUCACGAAUGGUAAACCUGAGAACAAAUUAGGCAUCCGGGGCUCUGACACUUGUGAAGUUCAUUUUGAAAAUACAAAAGUGCCUGUUGAAAAUGUCAUUGGAGAAGUUGGAGGUGGAUUUAAGAUAGCGAUGAAUGUCCUCAAUAGUGGACGAUUUAGCAUGGGAAGUUUAGUUGCUGGAAUGAUGAAGAAGUUGAUUGGAAAGACAGCAGAAUAUGCCUGUACAAGGAAACAGUUCAACAGACCUCUAAGUGAAUUUGGAUUAAUUCAGGAAAAGUUUGCCCUGUUGGCCAGGAAAACAUAUGUGAUGGAGAGUAUGGCCUACCUCACUGCUGGGAUGAUGGACAGCCCAGGUUUUCCGGAUUGCUCUAUGGAAGCAGCCAUGGUGAAGGUGUUCAGCUCUGAAGCAGCCUGGACUUGUGUGAGCGAAGCCCUGCAGAUUGUUGGAGGCCUGGGAUACAUGAAAGAUUAUCCCUAUGAGCGCUAUCUCCGGGACUCCAGGAUUCUGCUGAUUUUUGAGGGAACAAAUGAGAUCCUCCGCAUGUAUAUUGCCAUGACAGGAUUACAGUACGCAGGCCAAGUCUUAAGGAAGAAAAUCAGGGAUCUGCAGAAGGGGAACUUGCGUGUUGCAAUGGAACAUGUGUCAGCCAUACUUGGAGAUAGCCUGAACAGGAAGGUCAGUCUUGGUCUGACGGGAAGAGAUGGAGUGGUGCAUCCCAGUGUGGAGGAGAGUGCAAACCGACUGGAAGAAAAUGUGUAUUAUUUUGGGAGAACGGUGGAGGUGCUGCUAAGGCGGUUUGGCAAGACUAUCGUGGAAGAGCAGUUGGCCAUGAAGCGAAUGGCGGACAUCCUGAUUAACCUGUACGCCAUGACCGCCGUCCUCUCCAGAUCCAGCCGUUCCGUCCGCCUCGGGCUGCACAACCAUGACCAUGAGGUUCUACUGACAAAUAUUUUCUGCACCGAGGCAUAUUUCAAGAAUCUUUACAACUUGUCUCAGCUAGAAAAAUAUUCUUCUGAAAAUCUAGAUGAACACAUUAAAAAAGCUGCUCAGCUGGUACUGGGUAAUAGAUCUUACACAUGUGCUCAUCCCUUGGAAAGGAUAUUCUGAGAAGAGGGGCAGGUGUUCCUGGAAUCCAUAUAUGAUCACGAUCGACCAUGUCUUUGAACUGCAUCAGCUCAUGACUUUAUAUGGGUCUGAUUUAGAAAGACACUUGCCAUUUUUUCACAGAAUAAAGAAAUUAAUAAUUGUGAA